UUCUUGUGGAUCAGUCAAGUUGGUCACACAUUUACUCGCCACUGACGGUUUCACAGCGGCAUUCACCGACGCUGUUAAAAAACACAAAAAUUUGCCCGGUCAAGCAAAUCGCUGACCGAGAUGGUCAACUACUUUCAGGUGGGUCAUGAAGGAGGCAUGGGGCGGCUCAGAUCGCGCACACGUGUCCUUGUAUAGAGCGUUGGAUCGCCUCUAGGGAUUGCCGCGGAGGAGCUGGGCAACAGGCGCCAAGAGCAAGAGAGGGACAGCUAUGGCGCAUCCGUCGCUGGAUUCCACCGUCGACAGCCUCUUUGGCGGGAGGAGCCCAGAGGAUUUCUACGCCAAGCAUGGCGUCACGCACGGCGAGAGGAUGAUCACAAACGCCCGAGGCAUGGCGCAGUACACGCAGUCAUGGCUGCCAACGCGGGAGAGAGUUAAGGCACUGGUGAUGGUCUGCCAUGGCUAUGGCGCCGACAGUGGCUGGUUCGUGCAGCUCACAGCUAUCGGCAUCGCGCAGAGGGGAUUCGCCGUGCACGCCAUCGAUCACCAGGGCCAUGGACGAUCCCAGGACUGGCAGGGACUGCGAGCUUACGUCCCAGAUAUCAAUCCGGUGGUGGACGACUGCAUCGCAUUCUUCGAUUCCGUGCGAUCCCAGCAAGAGUUCCAGGGACUUCCGGCCUUCUUGUAUGGAGAAUCGCUGGGUGGCGCACUGUGCCUCUUGAUCCAUCUCCGCCAGCCGGGGGUCUGGAGUGGAGCCGUGCUGAAUGGAGCGAUGUGUGGGAUCUCUCCAAAGUUCAAGCCGCCAUGGCCGCUCGAGAACUUGCUCUCGUACGUGGCGGCGCUAGCUCCGACUUGGGCGAUCGUCCCCACCAAGGACAUCCCCACCGUGUCUUUCAAGGAGGCCUGGAAGCGCGAGCUCGUCAAGAAGAACCCGGUCCGCUACUCCGGGAGGCCGAGAGCCGGGACGGCACUGGAGCUUCUCAGGGUGGUGAGAGAGCUGGACGAGCGGUUCCCAGAGGUGACGCUGCCGCUGCUGGUGAUCCAUGGAGAGCUGGACGUGGUGACCGAUCCGGAGGGGAGCAAGGCCUUGUAUGAUCGAUGCAGCAGCAAGGAUAAAACGCUGAGGAUCUACCAGGGAAUGUGGCACCAGCUCGCGGGCGAGCCUCCGGAGAAUUUGGAGGUGGUGUUUGGAGAACUCUACUCGUGGCUGGAAGAUCACGCUGUCGCCGCCGCCGCCGCGAGCUCUCAAGAAAAACCAUGAAAUUCUUGUCCACCACCUUUCUCCAUCGCAAGAAAACAAUCUUCCAAGCUUGAUCUUGCAACUAUACUCUCUCGAUCUGGAGCUCUCGUCUAGAAGACGACCAUGAUCCUUGCAACGUUUUAAAAUUCUUGUCCACCAGCCUCUCUCCAUCGAGAGAAAACAAUCUUCCAAGCUUCCAAGCUUGAUCUUGCAACUAUACUCUCGCAGAGGAGCGAAAAUUUUCUA